AUGAAAUUAUCUUAUCUCUUAGCCUUGGCCUUCUUGGCUGUACUGUGUAUGGUACGCCACAGUUCUGGUGCUUCAGUCCAUGUCACCGAAAAGCCGGAAAUUCAAAAGGCUGUCGCCGAACACCGAUCGACGGAAACUGAACUAAAACCUGAAGAAGCCUCGAAGGACGACAAUGACGACGAAGACGAGGAUCUUAACAACAAAUUGUUGGAAACUGAAGAUGGCGAACUCGAAGAGGAUGAAGAUUACGAUGAAGAGGAAGGCGAUGAUGAUUACGAUUAUGAUUUGGAAGAAGCCGAUACUCGGGCCAACAAACAACGCAACCGCCGCAUCAGGAGAUUGCGUAAAAUUCGCCGUAACAGACUUAUUCGCCGUCGUCGCAACCGUAACCGCAAGCUCCGUAAGCAGCGUAAGCAGCGUAAACAACGCAAGAUCCGCAAGCAGCGCAAGAUCCGUAAGCAACGCAAGAUCCGCAAGCAACGCAAACUCCGCAAGCAAAGAAAACAGCGUAAGCUACGCAAACAACGCAAACAACGCAAGAACCGUAAAAACCGCAAGCCACGCAGAUUCCGCAGGAGGCGUAUUGCAAGACGCAAACAUUCCGGUUAA